AUUCAGAUCUAAAGAAGGUCAGAGCGCCUGAUGCGGUUGGUUAGUAUAGGGUUCUCUCUUCCCGACCUCUCCACUUUUGCACCUGCACUUGUCAUAGCUGCAUGUUCGCACAGAGACUGCUCACGAGGACAUUCGCAAAGCUGCCAAAGUUUUCACAUCAUUUUCCAUCUAAGGUGGUUUGAUUGACAGGUUGAUUGAUUGACAUGUCGAACCCAGUGAUCAGCCAGCAGCCGGGGGCGGGGGCUUAUGGCACCAACGUGCAGACAGGCGAGUGGAGCACGGGACUUUGCUCCUGCUGCAGCGACUUACCCGUCUGUGCCCUGGGCUGCUUAUGUCCGAUCGCGCUGGGAUGCUACGCGGCGAAUAAGUACGGCGAGAACGCGUGCCUAGCCUGCAUUCCGGGCGGAUUCACUGCCAUGAGGACCCACAUGCGCCUCACAUACGGCAUUCAGGGCACCGUGUGUAAUGACGCAUUGAUGAGCUGGUUCUGCGGAUUCUUUGAGACGUGCCGGAUGGCAAGAGAAAUCCGCAUCCGGAACGGAGAUGUUUAAAUACGCACGCCACACACUUUGAUAUUAUGCCUGAUUUUCAUAUACACUUGUGAUCUUAUUCCGUUGCCGUGACAGCAAAUUGGUCGUGUAAUAGGGAACGUACCGUAUAAAUGUCACUGCACUUGUUUAAAUUAUUAAUCAUAAUCAUUAUUAAAUAUUCCUCAACGAGGAACCUGUUUGAUAAUCCUGCAAUUGUUCUGUAUUAUUGUUUUCCAUUCGUUGCAUUUACAUGAACGAUUAUCGCCUUAAUAAAACAUUAUGCUGGUGUGUUCCUU